GGCUCUAGGGAGGUGGUGGCUGCCCUCGCAUUCACAUGGAGUCAAGACUCUCAUCUCUUCUCCUGCGGAACACAAGGGCCAUUGCCCCAGGGCAGAAGAACCGGCUCUGCCCGGUGUUCCGCAGCAGCCGCGGCACCGGAGCUGUACGGAGCGGCCGCGCAGGGCUCCGGGAACGCUCCGGGUGAAAGAACAGAACCCUACGGGCACGGAGCUGGGCCGGGUCACAGGCACAGCGAGCGAGCGCCGGGAUCGGAGCGGCACCGGGGCCGCCCCGGACAUCGGCACCGCACGUGGGCACCAGGCGGGCACGUUCGUCACUACCGGGGCGGGACAAAUAACCGGAAGUGGUCGUUACCCGGUAAGCGUUGCUUGGCAACGGUGGCGCAGCGCAGCCAUGGCGGACGACGACCUCUUGCCCGUCGUUUCCUUCGGGAACCUCAUGAGCGAGGGGAUAGCCCUGAGCCGGCGCGGCCAGCACGACAAGGCUCUGGGCUGCUUCAAUGACGCACUGAAGCUGAGAGCAGGAGACAAGCACUGCCUCAUCACCCGCUCCAAGUGUUUUCUGAGACUUGGGGACACAGAAAACUCCUUGAAAGAUGCUGAAGCCUCUCUCCAAAUUGACAAUACAUUCUAUGAGGGGCUUUACCAGAAAGCAGAGACCCUGUAUGCCAUGGGGGACUUUGAGUUUGCUCUGGUGUUUUACCACCGAGGCCGAAGGCUCCGCCCUGACCUGCACAAGUUCCAGCUGGGCAUCCACAAGGCUGAGGAGGCCAUUAUCAACUGCAUUGGGAAUCCAUCCUCAGUGAAGCUGGAGAGCAAGGAGGAGCUGUGCUUUGUGAGCAGGCAGGCAGAGCUGCAGAGGAAAAAAGACAGCCAGAAACAGCAAAACAAACCAAAGGACCAAAAGGAUCAAAAGCAGACCAAGAAGCAGAGUCCAAAAACAGAGCAACAGCUUCUGGGACGGCUUUAUGCUGACAAGGCAUACAUGGAGAAGUUGCUCAAGGAUGAAGACUUGAUGCAGAGCAGCACAAGGCAGGGGGUCAAAGUCAUGGACCUGGUUUUGGAUGGCAUCUCCUACCUGAACCAGCGGCGGGACUUCUGGCAGCAGCAGAAGCCGAUUUACGCGCGGGUGUACGAGCGCAAGGUCCUGCGGCAGGUCCGGGCGCAGGACAAGAAACAGAAACCAUCCGACAUCGCCAGAUCCAUCGCAAAGGAGAUGGAGGAUAUUGAGCUGAUGCUGGCCAGAGGUUCUGCUGAGCAAAGCUGCAGGAAAGCUGAACGUCUGCUGAAAAAGAUACAAGCCUGGUCAGAGAAUGAAGUUCCCAACAAGCAUGAACUGAUUGGGAACCUCUACAGCUGCAUUGGGAAUGCCCAGCUGGCAAUGGGACAGAUGGAGGCAGCUUUGCACAGCCAUAAGAUGGAUCUGGAAUGUGCCAGGGAGCACACUCUGACGGAUGCCAUAUCCCGGGCCCUGGACAACAUCGGCCACGUCUACGCCCGAAUUGGCAAGUUCCAGCAGGCCAUCAACACCUGGGAGGAGAAGAUUCCACUGGCCCAAUCCAGCCUGGAGAAGGCCUGGCUGUUCCAUGAAAUUGGGCGGUGCUACCUCGAGCUGGAUAAAGCUGAAGUAGCCCAAGAUUAUGGCGAGCAGUCCCUGCAGUCAGCAGAUGAGGAGGGAGAUGUGGAGUGGCAGCUCCAUGCCACUGUGCUGGUGGCACAGGCACAAGUGAAAUUGAAAGAUUACCAGUCUGCAAUCCUGAAUUUUGAAAAGGCUCUGGAGAAGGCAAGACUUGUGCCCAGUGAAGCUGCUCAAAAUGGCAUCAUUGCGGCCUUGGAUAAUGUGAGCAAAAGCUUCAUUGCAGAGCUGAACAAAGGCAAAAAAGAUGGGACGAUUCCCUCACAUGAAGAUCGCCUUUUUAGCAGUGAAAGCAUAAAAACCACCGCUGAGAAUGUGGAAGAGGAUGAGAAAGAGGAGGAGAAAGGGAAUUAAGAUGAAGAGCCAUAAGAGGGAGCCAGAAACGAUACGUAAGCAGAAGAAAAGGUUAAAGGGGGGAAACGGACAAGGACAGCAUUGGGGAAAAGUAGAGUCUAGGCAGGAAGUUGAAAUAAAUAUUGAGCAAGCCUCGUACCCAGCACUGCAGUGGUGUGUCCCUAGCAGGGAAGGAGCUGGUCCGAGCCGCCGCCGUUCUCGGAGCGCUGCCGCCCCCUGCCCCGUACCCUCCUCUCGCAGCCCCGGCCCCUCCGCGGCACAGCACCGUCCCGGCAGCAUCCUCAGGA